AUGAAUCUUUCUAGAGGAAUAUUAUGCAUAUUUCUAAAAGCUUCGAAUUAUUUUGCAUAUAAAAUUGUAACAUCACUUAUUUUAGUGGAUAUUUGUUGUAAUUGUGUUUAGUUUUAUUACUAUAUUUAUUAUUAUUAUUAAGUUUAUUAAUAAAAACUUUGUUUAUAUUAAUAGCUAUUCAUAUUUACAAGCGAAUCUGUAUUAUCUUAUUUAUUAUCUUAUUUACUAUUGUUUUAUUAUUAUUAUUAUUAUUAUUAUUAUUAUUAUUAUUAUUUGUUAUUCAUCUAUUUCUUGAUUAUUUUCAUCUAUAUUUUGAUUAUAAUCGCUUUUAUUAUUUAUACUAUUAUCUUAAAUAGUAUUUAUUUAUUAAUUAUUAUUUUCGAAUUAUUCUUUUUCAAUACAUUAUUAAUUAUUUCCUAUUUUAAUUAAAUUUUUUAUUGUUAUAUUCUAUUCUCCUUCACAUUAUUAAAAUAUAUUAUUAUAUUUAUUUAUUGA